UGAAAGAUGAUGAUUGUCCUCUUUGUUGUUUGUGUUUUUUCGUGUUUUCCUUACUGGCGCUACUGAUACAAAGGCCUGACGCAGAAGAAAUUCUUGCGUCACCUGUAACAUCAAGAUCAAGAUCAGGGAGGCUGGUGGCUGUCAGCAGGGGAGGACGAAGCAAUCCAUACAUUUCGCCUGAUAGUAUGAAAAAAAAUAAAGAAUAAGAUUAAGUGAUCGACUGUAGAUAGACAACGAAAGGGAGAUAUUUUGGAUGUAGUGAGUGCACGGCGAGGCAAAAGCUAUACUGGUGACAAGCAGAUCCUGGCACUGACCUACCGUAAGAGUCUUCACCACUUCUCAGCUGACUGCUCUACCACCACCACCUCGGCCUUAUCACACCACCCAGCCAUAGGAAGAAUCGUGGGGCAGUGACAGAGUGAAUAGUGAACAGCUGGUGGCAGAAUACCGUGAUACAUUCAGAAUUCUUCAAUUUUUUGUGUGACCAUGAAUGGAGUAAGCUGCCAACCCCUCCUGGAUCGCUUGACUUUUGCACUAGUGAAGACUGGAGUCAUCAGUGAUCUCUCUAAAAAGAAAACAGAGUUGGAAAAAAUCAAGUUUUGUUUAGGAGUCGAAGUAACAUAUUCAGAUGUCAAAAUAAAUGUUCGAGGAGAGAUUCAAAACCUGCUGGAUGUACUCUAUGAAAAGUCUGAAGACCAUUCUAAAUCUGAAGCCCUGGCAUUGAAGGCAAAGAACCAAGGCUCUAAGGCAUAUUUGAAGAAAAAGGAUAGAGAAGCACUGAAUUGCUUUUCUGAAAGCAUAUGUUUAGCACCAACAGAGUCUUCAGUUCUACCACUGGCAUUGGCUAAUCGAUCAGCUGUGCUCUACCAGAUGCGCAGAUACAAGGAAGCUUUGCAAGAUAUGGAGUGGGCAGAGAGUGCAUGUUAUCCUGCAGCCCUCAGGCACAAGUUGUUAGUUCGUCGAUGUCGAUGUUACCUUUCAUUGGAUAACAUAAAGAAAGCAAAGGAAGUCUUAGAAGUGUGCAAUAAUCAUGUUCACUUAGUUCCCCUCGAGGCCAAAGAUAAAUAUGAGACAGAGGUUGCAGAUCUAAAACAAAAGAUUGAGAACCACGUCCCCACCAAUAGUACGAUCACCCCCCAAGAAGAUCUGCAACAACCCUCUCUGUAUGUUGGAGAAAAUAAGACUGUCAAGUACAUCACCAAUGCAUUUGAGAUGAGGGAAAAUGACAAAUUUGGCCGUCACAUUGUUGCGGUAGAAGAAGUCAGUAAAGGGUGUGAAGUGUUUGUUGAGAAACCUUAUGCUGCAAUCCUACUUCCUGAACAUCACAAGACCCAUUGCCACACCUGCUUCUCCAGACUCUUGACUUCAUUUCCAUGUACUGGUUGUCGUGAUGCAAUAUUCUGCAAUGAAGAGUGCAGAAGGGCUAGUAGGCCAUGGCAUCAGUACGAGUGUGGAAUCCUACAUAUCCUCUCCUCAGUUGGCAUUGCUCAUCUUGCCCUCAGAAUCCUUCUUAUCACAGGAUGGAAACUCAACUGUUAUAUCAGGUUAGAAGAGGUGGUUGAGGGCAAAGUAGCAGGAUUUGGAGAGAAGGGGGUGUACAAUGGCCCAGACCUCAUUGAUAAGUAUCGGGCCGUCUUCCAUUUACUGCCACACUUCAACUCUUGUCUCCUUGAAGAUCAACUUCAGUAUUGUCUGGCAGCCAUCCUUCUGGCAACUGCAAUUUCUGAUAAGACAAAUUUCAUAAAAGAGAACAUGGAUGAGAAUGGUGAAAAAACAGAUCUUGACGUGCCCCAUCUGGCCUCCGCAGUAAUGCGACACAUCGCUCAGCUGGUGUCCAAUGCUCAUGCAAUCACUCAGCUCAUGCCAUCAGACAGUUAUGGGCACAGCAGAGUGGAGCAGAUUAAACAGAUAAGGGUGGCAUCUGCUAUAUACCCAACAGCCAGCAUGAUGAACCACUCCUGCAAGCCAAACAUAAUCAACAGUUUCUACAAAGAUGUUCUUGUGAUUCGCACAACAGAGGACAUCAAGCCGGGUGACCAAGUCAGUAAUUGUUAUGGACCACAUUAUUGUCGCCAGACUCGAGAAGAACGGCAAGAGGCAUUAAAGCAGCAGUAUUUCUUCACUUGCAAAUGUGAACCAUGCACUCAACCAAAGUACAUGAAAAGUGAAGCAAGCUGGAGUGGAUUUUACUGCGAAAACUGUGGUGGACCAUCUUCAUGGAUGGGGAAUGAGGACCCUGGUGGCUGUAAUGCUGAGAAUAAUGAGGGAGUUCUUCUGUGUCUUCAGUGCCAUAGGGUACAACGUCCAUCAGCACACCUUGUAUAUACUUGCUCCAGAGUUAAUUCUCUUCAUGAAUCUGGUGAAGAGGCCAUUAGAAAGGGCAACUUGCCAGAUGCUGUGAGUCUUCUCAGAAAUGCCAUUCAGAUAGGAUCAAAAGUAUAUCUGCCUGAAAACCAGUAUUUUCUGCGUGUGAGGGAUACAUUGGCUAGAGCUCUUGCAGAUUCUGGUGACUAUGAAAACUGUACUCUGGAGUUACAAGAAUGCCUGCAGUUUAUGGAGCAACGUUAUGGGCCAGAGAGCAUUGAACUGGCACAUGAGUUUCUCAAAUACUCAGAGGUGUUGGAGUUAACAGCUGCAGUUAAUGACAGGCAUCAAGAUGAACUCAGGAUAGUAAAAAAAAGAAUUAAUGACAUCUUCACUCUGAACUAUGGACCACAGUGGAAAAUCUAUCUUAGUACUAGUGCAAUUAAGUAGACACAUGAUAUCAGAUCUUUUUGUAUGAUUUCUUACUUUCAUAUUUCAUUGUAACUGAUAUGUAUGAUUUGACUUACAUACAUUUGCAUAGCUUUCCUUUGGUGCAAGCAAUAAUUAUUCACAAACUGUUUAUCAACAAUGAUAGAUUGUUUAUUGAGAGUAAGGUUAAUGUGAUUCCUGUACCAAUAGCUGCCUAGAUAGGAGGCUUAAGUGGUAUAACUGUAAUAUAGCUUAGUGAAUGAAAUAGGAGCAAUUCUAACACAGUAAAUUUAGAAUUGUGCCAAAAUUAAAUUUAGAAUUGUAAUCAGAAACUACUCCUCAUCUUCAUCUGCUGUGACUAUCAAGUACCAUGGCUACAUGUUUUGUGUUAGGCAGGUUUCCAUCAUAAUCCAUUUUUAUUGUACAGUAAAGCUCUCUUAAUUUGCUGACUGACUAAUUCUGAAAACAGGGCUAAACUGAAAGCUUUUAUACACAGUGGACAAAAGAUUCAAUAGCACUGAGCAGUCAAUGAAAGUUGCAUUCUUUUACCUUAUUAAACUUGAGCUGAUAAACAAACUUGGAAAAGAAGAAAAAUAUUGUCUAUUAUUCCUUUUAAAUUCAUAUUUCCAAGUUCAGUAUCAGAUAACCAAAAAUGAAGGUAGAAUGUUGAUGGGAAAUCUACAGAUAGGAAGUCACUAAACUGGAGAGCUUGCUGUAACAUCAUUAUACUGUGAAAUGAAAAUAUAAAGAGCUAGUGAAUGUUAUUUCAUAGGGAUAAUUUAUAGUUUUAGUGGAAAUCAUUGUCAUUCAUGUUCAUCUCCAAAUGUGACUCGUGAUUCUCAAAGAACUUCUGGUCAUUGUUGUUCCGCAUUAGUAAGUCUCGAAUAAAUUCAUCUGUUUUCAUAUAUCAGAAUCAUAUUACUAUAUUUUCCUUCACUUCACCUUUAUGAUUUUGAACUGAUAUUUUCAGAGAUGUUAGAUAUUUCAUAAAUAUCUAUGUUGUAUAAAGUAUUGCAAACACA